AUGAUGCCUGGUUCGGCGCAAUAUCCUACAGGAGCUUCAGAGUUCCAAGACGCUGCCUUCAAGAAUCUACCCUUCGGUGUUCCCGGAUCCGAGCUCGAUGUCAAUGACCACAUGAGCAGCUGCAAUGCACGGUUGCCACAGGCAUUCACUUGCCGGGGCAUACCAGAGUGGGCAGCUUUCUUGGAUGCUGUCACAGCCAACGCUCGCAAAGACUUUCCACGAGAUGAAGACUUGCUCCUUCAGGCACAGGACAUCUUGCUCUCUUGGCAGGACAAGCCCUACCCACCACAGGACUUCUUCAAGUACCUCUGCAGCGGGCCUGAGGCCCCGUGGCCUCUGCCGGAUCGCUUUUGCCUCUGGGGCUUUGUGGCGGCGCUGGUCAUCCGUUCGCGGCACAUCAUGGCUUCCCAGGACCCAGACGUGAGGCAGUCUGCAGAGAUCGAUUUCAAAUACGCCACCACUGUUCUAGGAAAGGAAGGCUCCAUGGACUUUCUGGAUUCCUCUCCGUGGCCGGUCUCGAUUAUCGAUGCCUUCAUCAACAUCAACCAAACCGAGUUCAUGAGCUACGCAGCCUACAAUGCCACGCAUCCGGUGCAGCCUCCUCGAGUGGCGCUGGAAUCGUUGUACUGGCGACCCGAAUCUCCACAGCCAUCAGCUGUGCUACCCGCCAACAUUCGUCUGGCGGUUCUCGGCACCCAUGCGACGCUGUCACUGGAGCCAGUGGAGAUGCUGAGAAGGUUUUCGGGCGUGCCCAUCAGAGCGGUUUUCUACGGCUGCUCAGAUAUUGUUUGGCCCAUUGAGGCCGUGAACGCCUCGAAACGAAACUUCCAAAGAGCCUUGACUCGAGGAGCAUUCCCCAACACAUAUAACGAGGAAGUGAAGUACGGUAAUCAGUCGUAA